GUCAUUGUCAAUAGUUACAGCAGAAUGUCCUCUAUAGUCCGCGUUAUCAGUAGCGUUUCCCUGUUAGGUCUAAAACAGUCUGGUCCGGUCUAUAGAAGAGCUCAUUCUUGUAAAAAAGACCUCAGUACAAAAAGUAUUUGUGUUGUUGUCUGUUCGCAGGUUGUUAACAGGCGCCUCAUGCAAAUACCGAGCAAAUAAGCUGCGUGGAAAAAGACUGCUGUCUAGCAUGUAUUUCCACGCGUGAUGUACCACGUCAACAUUCAAAAUUCGAGAUCAAUUUUUCUUGGUGCAAUUUCUAAAAAAGAACGUCCAAAUUUUAAAUUUUAUUUGAAAUGGGAGCAGGAUCGUCUGUAGAAGAAAUUCCAGGUGGAGGAACGGAAGGAUACCAUGUUUUGAGAGUAAGCAAUUUACUGAUUGCAUUGUUUGUGUCCGUGCAAAUUCCCACACGAGCGCCUUUGUUUUGCACUUGUAAACAAGCUUUUAGAUAUUGUACACGUUUUGUUGCUGGACUUCCUAAGUUAUGAAAUGUUCUUUGUUUUUUAGGUGCAAGAUAAUUCCCCAGGGUAUAAGGCUGGCUUGGAACCAUUCUUUGACUUUAUUGUGGCCAUUGAAAAUACCAGAUUGGUACAUAUAUUUAAAUAUAAUUUUAGUGAUCAAAUUUUUAAUUUACUGUACAAAAAAUUGGUUAAUAAAAAUUUUGUAAUAUUUGUAAAAUAGUUUCACAUAAGCAUUACUUUGACCACUCAUAUUGUAUUAAACCUUACUAAGUUAUAUGUUGAAACCAUGGGCAAUAUGGUCCUCAACUAUCUCCAUAAAGUAUGGUAGGGUAUAUGGUCCAGAUUAUCACACUGGUCAAUUUUUCACCACUUAUCAACUGAAUAUGGUACUUGUAUGUCAGUUCAAUCAACUGGGGUCGACUGCAGAAGAACCUUUUUUCUAUUCACAUAAGGUGGUUCACAAUAUGCUGUGACUAAACAGCUAUUUAGUAACACUGCCAUUCAUAUAGUCAAAAUUAAAUUUUUAUAAGAUAAACCAAUCCCUACCCUUAACAAUUGUCUUGUUAACAAUUUGAGAGUUAACAAAACAGGUUGGAAAAAAUAUUUUAAGAAAAAAAUUUACAACAGACUCAGAUGGGAUUUGAGCCUGUUCUACAAGCUUGUAGAUGUGUGCCUUAACCACUACGCCACCAGCGGCAUUGCUGAAUGUCACUGCAAUAAAUUAGUUUUGCUCGUAAAAAAUUUCUUGCUGGUCAUUGAUUGGCUGUUAUAUCAAGUUCUGUGCGAAUCCUAAUUUGCUUUUUGUAUUCAGGAUCAGGAUAAUGAGAGUCUGAAAGAAAUACUAAAGGCCAAUGCUGAAAAACCUGUGAAGAUGAUUGUCUAUAGCAGCAAGACAUGUAGAGUCCGUGGUAAAUAUCAAGCAGGGUGCACGAUUUUUAGUCGUACCUGACUGGUACUCCAUGAUGCAAUGAUUAUUGCCACGUACUGGUACAGACUUAAGACUCAAGGUGUACUUAGUCUAAUAAAGUACAUAAAGUACAGGUUUCUGAAAGGUAUUAAUACAGUAACCUGAUACUACGAGUUAUAACAAGAAGGACGACAACUGCAUACAAAACACUAGAACAGACUCAUUCCUUAGGCGUCCCAUCAGUCCAAUAAUUUUUCAUGCCAAGAUAUGUCAGAUGUGCCCAUAUAACGGCUUAAUUACGGUUUGAAUACAUUGGGUUUGGUAAGGUCAUAUGGUACCAGCAAAAUGUAAGUAUGCAAAUAGCGAAAUGUGGUAUGUGGCUGAAAACAAACUAAGACGUACCAGACUGUAAUAUUAGUGUACCUCUGGUACGUACGUAUGCAAAUUAUCGCAACAUCAAGCACUUUACUUGGCAUUUGGUCACAUCCAACUGUUGUGAUCAUUGAUCAAGGCAUGCUCCCCUAACUACAAUUAGUAAUAUACCAAUACAAGAAUUUACCAGUAUUUAAGGAAAAAAUUAGGACCUAGUAUAUUAGCCGAUAUCAAUAUGCUAUCAUUACAAUUUAUAUUAUCAGUACCAUUAAGUGUUUUGUUUUUCCUCCAAACAGAAGCAAGUAUUACUCCGAGUAACCUAUGGGGAGGCCAAGGAUUACUUGGCGUAAGCAUCAGAUUUUGUUCAUUCGAAGGUGCAAAUGAAAAUGUUUGGCAUGUACUGGUAAGCAAACAACACAACGAUUUCACAAUGGCCAAGAUAAUGGUAGAUAGUGUAGUAAUUUUGUGAUGUUAUCUUCUAUUCUAGGAAAUCCAACCCAAUUCCCCAGCAGACAUUGCAGGCUUCAGACCAUUCACAGAUUACAUUAUUGGAGCCGACUCUGUGCUGCAUGAGGUCGGUUGCACAUAUUCACAUCUUAUGUGAUAUCUUGAAGUGUUGCAAUUUUGUACAUUUAAAAUGUACCUAUACAUUUAAAAUCUACCUAUGUUUCAUGAAUGCUAUUUUGCUAGAAAUUGUAUGUUUUGUGAUUCUUAGUUUAAAAUAACAUUAAUGUUAAAAACAUAUUAUUGUGUACAGUACAUUAUGUGUGGCUAUUUUUUCUAUUCAUCUCAUGGAAUAUCAUGUAUUGUUUAUAUAUUGGGUAUCUAAUCUGUUCUUUUGAUCUAUUAUUAGACUGAAGACUUGUUUGCUUUGAUAGAAAGUCACGAAGGCAAACCGUUAAAACUUUAUGUUUAUAAUUCAGAAACCGAUGGAUGCAGAGAGGUACAGUACGGUGUACAAUGCAAACAGUACAGUGCAAUAUAGCUCAGUUGGUUGGAGUGAUGAAUUCCUACCAGAUGACCUAUAGUUGCAUUUUUUCACAACUGCUCAUGGAAAACCCUACUAUAAUUAGUACAGUACAAUGUUCCAACUUUCAAAAUAUUGGUGUAACAGGUUCAGAAACAUUUGAAAUAUGUCAUUUUAGGUAACUAUUACUCCUAACACAGCAUGGGGUGGUGAAGGAAGGUAAUGAACAUGUUAUAAUUUUAAAUAUGAUUGUGGGAUUAGAACUCAGGGUAAUUAUACUACUUGAUCGUAAUCCAAUUCAGUGGCUUAAUUUGCACUGCACAAGUUGAAAAAUUUUGACCGCAGUGGGAAUCUCACCAUUGACCUUUGGUUUUGUAGUAGCCCAAUGUUCUCACCAAUUGAGCAAUAAGUCAGACCUAACUAUCAGGUCUAAACUACACACUUGACCUUGCAGCUCAGUUGGUAGAGCAUUGACUAGCAAACCAACAACCUCACACCUACUCUGGGUACAAGGUUGGCAAACCAAAAGUUAAGGGUUCAAAUAUGACAGCAGUUAUGUUACAUUUCAGUUUGGCUUUGUGUAGUAAUGUAUAGUCCUUGGAAUAGCAUAAGCUAAUUAAAUACUAAUAUGUCAUAAUUUGCUUUUGCAUUCACAGCAUUGGUUGUGGUAUUGGCUAUGGAUAUUUGCACAGAAUACCACUACGGGACGAAGCAAACAGACCUAAAGAAGCACACGUAAUAACUCCCGCGCCUGAUGGCUUUUCAGAGGUAUAAUACUUUGCCAGUGCCGCCCAGAGGGGGGGGGGGGGCAAAGGGGGCAAUUUGCCCCGGGCCCCGAGUUGCUGGGGGCCCCUGAAAAAUUUUUGUAGGGCCCCCCGCCUUUUUUGUGUGUUAAAUAUUCCCGCGCAAAGGACUAGAAAUCUGUUUUCUUGGGCUAAGUACCGAAUUUUGGCCUAAAAAAAUGAGAUAAAGUCACUCGAAAGCGUUUGCAACGUACUCGUCCGGCAAAAUUUUACGUCCGAAAAAUUUUUUUACCCCUAAAAUGGUGCACUGACCGAAAUUUUUAGAUAGGGCCCCCUAAAAAAAAUUUGCCCCGGGCCCCCGCCAACCUCUGGGCGGCCCUGUACUUUGCAAUGUAUUUGAUUCAAUAAUACAAUAUGUGCACCUCAGCUUACACACACUAUGACAGAGGUUUUUAUUGUAGAGAAAAUCCUCUUGACACAAGGUUAUCCUUUCAGGGCGCGAAAUAACGGCCGGUCAACGGACAAUGUCCGGCCAGAAUGCGGAAUUGUCCGGUCAAAUUCUUACCUUGCCGGUCAUUUUGACCGGUUACUUUUGGUAAAAGAAAACAAACAACUAAUCUUCAUUUGAAUUAAUAAUCGAAACAAAGUUGUCAGGCAUUAUAAUUAAGAACCAUAACAUGUUGUCCAAUAUCUUGCGGGAAAGAACCACGAGGUUGGAAAAGAACUUCAAUGUAUGCCAACUUUCCCACGCAGUACGUCACAAAUCCAUGGCCAUGCUUUUGGCUUAAGAGUUAAUUAUUAGUUAGCGCAGUGCAAGUUGUUUUAUGUGAAGGAGUUUUUAAUUACUGAUUACAGUAAGGCUUUUUGUAAUGCUAUACUGGGAAAAUAGUCACAUUUUUAGGGAUAUACUUUACUAGGCUUUGCUUUAAGCUGAAUAAUAUGAGCGGCCAGCAAUACGGUAUGUCCGAGCUAAAAUUGAGUUGGCCGGUCACCUUGACCGGCGUCCCUCCAGCCGUUAUUUCGCGCCCUGUCCUUUGUCCAUGAAGGCCCCACAAAUGUUACUUUUAAAGUACUACUAAACAAAUACUACUAAUGUGUUCUGUCUACUGACCUUGUACUGUUUUUACUAGGUUCCCCUCAUGGCGCCAUCGACAUCUCCAACCACCGCACCAGUACAAACAAAUGGUAGGGUCUAAUCAUAUUAAAAUGUAAUAUUUUAAAGAACUCGACAAUUUGUACAUAAUUUUCUUGUAUGCAUUACGUUUUACAAAUUUGUGUAAAUUAGUAUGAAAGUUGUGGUGUAUACAAAGUAAGCCAGGACAACUUGCAUUACUACCUACACUAAGAAUUGACCAUUCAAAUUUCACAGUUUAAGACAAUAAACGAUAAAACGACAUGGUUGCCAUAGCAACACCAACACUGUUUUCAUGUGUUCAUAUAUGGAAAUGAUCAUAUUGCCCUGUCGUAAGCGUAUUCAAUAUAAAUUUGGUUGAAAGCGAAGGUUACCCGAGAUGUACUGUAAUUAAAAUUUUAGAGAACUGUACGGAGCCACUUUAAGUAUUAAUCUUGCUAAUCUUAAACCAUAAACGUCAGAAAUAACCUCGAUCCAAGCUUGAACUAGAUUAAUUCCAGGUUUUCUUUACAAACGUUUAGUCCAACAAUUUGUUUGCCAUCGUCGCGUUACCAUUCUAAAUGGUCAAGGUCCCUAGAAGAAGAGCUUUAUAAAAAAGUGCUUGAAAAUCCUUAAAUUCUUCAUGCUUAGUUUUUGGUGUUUUCUGAAAUUGUUUGACAUGAAAAAACGGACGGGCAUUGUUGGAUUGAUUUUGUUCGUAUCUCACAGAGCUGUUUGAAAUUCAUUAAAACUGCUAUAUGAACAGUUUAACUUUGCUUCUUUCUGUGAUUUCUAACGCCUUCUUUUCUGCCCUAUAGUCCUUGAAUUUCCUGAUACAUGGCCUUGAAAAGUUCUUGAAUUUUACUCUUCCUAACUUGUACGAGUCUUAACUCUUACAGGUCUCGAUGUUGGCAUGGUGAAUUUAAAUCUCGCUGAUAGCGGUACUCCUGGUCAAGUGAAUCCAUUUGCAGUACCAACACAGCAGCAUGGUCAGUCAUCAAGUCAGGCAAAUCCUCUGAUCACUGGAAUGCCAACCAUGACGUCACCUAGUUCAUCUGUACAGCAACCUCUGCCGUACAGCCCACAUAAACGGUAGGGAACUGCUCCAAACUGGUAUAUCUAGUCGUUACAAUGGAUAUAUAGGCAUUGAUUUAUACUAGUAACUUAGGGGGUGUUUAUAUGGAGGCAAGCCAGCCCGGGUACCCGAGCUAGCUCGCUUUGCCGAGAUGAUUUCAUCCCACGCCGGUCAUAUUCAGCAAAUUUUCUCCCAGUAUCGUAGUCUCGCAUUUUCAGUGGACUUGUGCUGAAAAAUUGAAACUUGCAUUUUGCACAGAACCGUCUACUUUCUGCAUUGAACUAAAAAUAACUGGAACGCUACGUUCAGUAAACUGCGCAUGCAAAUUUUGAAGCCAAAAUUUGACUCCCAUGAAGCCAGUUUUGACUCCCAGACACGCACUUCCACGCGUGUUUCUACUGCGCGAUUUAUUCGCGAGACAAUGCAGGGGGCGAUCGAAGCAUGCCGUUUUGAACGUUUUCAUGGCAAGAUUCGAAUCGAAAGGGAAACGGGCCUUUUAUUUUAAAACGGGCUUUUUAAAGUCUGACAGUGUGUACGACCUUGUAUAAUUUAGCUUCAAACUUCUGCUCGAACGUGGCGUUCCAGUUAUUUUUAGUUCAAUGACUUUCUGUAAGAUGUCCGCUGACAAUACGAGCCCGCACAAGUGGGAAAAAUUUCGCUAAAUUUGACCAACGUGUCCCUUGUUUACAUACGAGACUUUUGAGGCGGGUUGGCUUGCAGGCUAGGCUGGCUCGCCAAAACAAACCACUGGUCUUACUGCUAUAAAUAGUAUUAAUAAUACAAAUAUAUUUUUUCACGAGCCUGAAAUUCGCACUUUCUCGAACAACUUUCACGGAUAUAAUCGAAAUCGGUCUUAUUUACAACAAUAUAUUCGCAUAAACAUAACACUCAGCCCGCUUAGGCGAGCCAGCCCGGGCCUUUGCGUUUAUAUGGGAAAUUCCCAGCCCGGUCACCCAAGAUCUCGGGUCAGUCGAGAUCUUGCUUAGUGGGCCAGCUCGAUUCCCAUUUAACACGAAGCUGGCUUCACUUUCUGGACUCCAGUGUAUCAGAUGAAAUAUAUCAUCUCUAAGUUUGUUCUAAUAUAUGACCUAGUAUAUAAUUCGGAGUAUGUUGAAAUACAUUAAUAUACCAAAUAUAACCUAAUCGUCACUUUUUCUUGACUUUAGUGAUACAACGCAAGCCUCUGGGUUAGUGAACGAACCAUUAAAUCCCGCCGCCCUUACCCCACAACUUAACACAGGAACAGUUUCCCCUGCACCCGCGGUAGUACUAAACCCGUCAUUUAAUCCCUCCGAACAGCCCUCCCUCCUGUCGGCCGGAGGUCCCACCGUGACUGCAAACCCCUCGCCGUUACUGACCGACAUAACUGCGGGCGCUACACCCUCAACCAUGAGUGCCACCCUACCAUCUGCGGGCAUUUCCGCACCGGCGAAUGUAGAGAUCCCACUGACUACGAGUUAAAUAGUUAGAUGAAUAUAUACAUUAUACACACAAUAUUAUACUGUUAUAAUAUUAUAUAUUACUACAUGUACACCAAGCGAAAUGAAAAAUUCUAUUUAUAUGUAUGCAGAACACUUUAUUAUGCAGAUAUAUUACAGUGCUUGAAAUAAUAACGUUCCCAAAGUUCCCGCGAUCAUGGUGAUCGGCAGUCAUGACUUUCCCUGCUUUUCCAGGUUGAAUUGGAAACCCUGCUUUUCCUCCGAUAAUAAGCAAUUUCUUCCCGAUCGGUGAUCGGCUGUUAUUUCAAGCCCUGAUAUGUUUUUCAGUUCGCAAACCAACGUUCACGUGUGUAAUGGAACGUAGGUUUUUGAGUGUAAUAGUGAAGUAACUAUAGAAUAAAUUAAAACAAAAAUUCCCAAAGGCAAGCGAAGGGAAAUAAUAAUUUCUCUUCGUCUAAAGCCGGUUUUCCACUAGCGAAUUUUUUCGCGCGAAGCGACCUUUUUCCUUUAUCGGUAUCACUUACUACGUCAGCAAGACGUGGCGAAAUGGAUGCCGACAAAGGAAAAAGGUCGCUUCGCGCGAAAAAAAUUGCUAGACUUAAGGUGGAGUUAAGGCGGUUUUCCGGCACUCGCACGAAGCCUGUGAGUGCUUGCAUCUAAUUAAAGUUAACUGUUAAGCAUUGUGAUUGGAUGAAAGUGCUCAUGCAUCACUCGCAGCGAGCUGCGAGGAGCUUCGUGCGAGGACUGGAAAACCGCCUUUACACGAGCAACAAAAUUGCUGCAACUUGCAAUAAAAUCGAAUUUCUACGCAUGUUAAUUGAAAAUGUUUGCACAUAAAUUACAAAUCACAAGACAACAUGUGUCGACAUUUCUACUUAACAUGCGUUGAAAUCAGAUUUUGUUGCAAGUUGCAGCAAUUUUGUUGCUCGUGUAACUCCACGUUAAGUGGAAAACCGGCUAAACUCCUGUCAAAUGAGGAUGAGACUAGGCAGUCACGCAUUGCUACAUGCAGGGGACAUUGCAAGCUCUAUAUACUAGAUUAGACACGACAGUGUUGGGAAAGCAUUGAGAACAGCUAACCAAGAUCUGCCAACUCUCGUGCCCUCUCCGGCCUCGUUUGAUCUGGCGGUUUUAGCAUGUAACGACCAGUGGCAACAACUGUCAAAAAUUCCAGUUGAUGGUUUGAGAAAGUUUGGCACUUUGUCCACUCUGUGUAACGAUUUGCUUCGUCCUGCAAACGCGGCGAAGUCCGUAUUCGGAUUAAGAACUAUAUUUAGUUACCAAUAUAUAACUUUUUCCAUAACUUAAUAUAAACUAGAAGUAGAUAUAAACCCAAUUGAUGUUUUAAGAUUUAAAGUAUUGCAGACUGUGGACUCAUAGAGUGAUACAAAAAUGUUGCACUAGAUUUAAAAAAUAAAAGUGGAUCAAAAUUUUCGUUUCGUGUUCUUUAUUUGUGCUUUCUGA